CACCCUACCCCACCCCCACUUCUGAGGUUCAACAGUUUCUUGUUCCCACAGGCAGUUGGAAUUUCUCUAAGGUCUGAUUUCCUAGGCAGGGCAGACUCGGAAUAUGCUGGACACUGUGUGGGUUCUUAUCUUCUGGUUCCUGAGUCGCCCCCUGGAAAGCGGAGCGCGAUCGCACUCUCUGCUGUAUUCCUACACGGCGGUGACAGCACCAGGUCCCAGGGUCCCUGUGUUUUCUGCCACCGGCUUCCUCGACCACCAGCCCUUCAUCCACUACAACAGCGACAGCAUGAAGGCAGAGCCUUCUGUUGCCUGGCUGAGGGAAAAUCCAGGAUACUUUGCUGAUGAGACCCAGGUCUUCACCAAUCGGAUGAAGAUUUUCCAGCUCAGCCUGAGAAACAUACAGCAGUACUACAACAGCUCCAGGACCCAGCGUCAGAGGGCAGGUGGCGUCCGCCAGCACGAGGGCCCUCACACCCUCCAGUUCACAUAUGGCUGUGAGAUGAAGGAUGGCAGACGUACCACAGGACACUGGCAGUACGGCUACGAUGGCUGGGACUACCUGACCCUGGAUUUGGACUCUAUGCAAUAUAUAGCAGCCACAUUCAUUGCUGGUUACACCAAGCGCAAGUGGGAAAACAAUGAGUACUGGCUGGAGAAAGACAAGAGCUACUUGGAGAAGGAAUGCAUCCUGUGGCUGCAGAGAUACCUGACCCUGGGAGGAGAGGCGUUCACUCGCACAGACCCUCCCCAGACAAGAGUGACCCGCCAUCCCAGACAUGAAGGAGACGUCACUCUGAGGUGCUGGGCCCUGGGCUUCUACCCUGCUGAGAUCUCCAUGACCUGGCAGUUGGGUGGGGAAGAACUGAUUCAAGACAUGGAGCUGGUGGAGACCAGGCCUGCAGGGGAUGGAACCUUCCAGAAGUGGGCAGCUGUGGUGGUGCCUUCUGGGGAGGAGCAGAGAUACACAUGUCAUGUGCUGCAUGAGGGGCUGCCUGAGCCCCUGACCCUGAGAUGGGAGCCUCUUCAGCCCACUACCCCAACCACAGAAGUGUAUGCUGGGGGCAGCAGACGUGAACGUACAACAUUCUUGAGUGGCCUCAUAAUUAUUUUCUUUUUCAUAGUAGUUACUGGAGUUACCUACUACAGAUUUAAGGUAGGAAAAGGAGGUCUGGGUGCCCCAUGCUGGGAGGAGGGUCAAGAGUCAAGUUGUAACUGCUGCCAUGGGGCCAAGGUGGUGACAUUCAUGGUGUAGCCAAGGCCGGAAGGGUCCCGGCUGGGGGGCUGAUAGGCCAAGACACUGCAGGUGAGAGGGUGCUGGAGACUGUUGACCAACACCAAGGACGUCUGUUGGCGUGGCUGCCUCCAGACCCCAGGGUGGCGACCUGAGCAGGGAUGCCCAUACAGGAUCCAGGAGCAGCACCCGUGAGACCCAAAACGUUCCAAAGUACAUGGGAAGUGAGCUCUCUUCUCGUGGGAUAAAAAGCCUCAGGUUCUCCCCGUCAGAUGCCUGAGUUCCUUAGAAGAGAACAAGCAAGCAGUCGGGCUCCCAAGUGAAUCAGUGAACCCGAGGGAAGCAUGUAAUGGAAACAUUUUGUGUAUGGGUGCACAUGCGUGCACACACGUAAGCACAAAUAUGCACUAGUGACUAUGCAACGACAGGGUUCUGCAUGUGUGAGGAUUAUGGCCUUGACAUGUAUAUGUGCAUUUGUGCACAUAAGCACGUGUGUGCAUGCACAUGUCUUGCUCUCAGAUAUCCACAGUUAACUUCAUACUGGCUGUUUCCUCCUUAGAGGACGGUUCGUCCGCUGUCAUCCUGAAGAUGACAGGCUCUUGGGAUGAGGCUGAGGGGAACUAGUUAGUCCUCACCAAGUCACAAUCUGAGACUGUUCCCACCCGCCUACAAACGGUGCCUACUGUCCAGUGAAGAUCCACAGAAGACCUAAAAAGAUUCUAAACAAAAACAGAGUCUCACAGUCUCACGCCAACCGCAGUACAGAGACACGUAUCUUGAAGUUGCAAGCACACCAUGAGCUACUCUGCAGGUGAUUCCCGCAGUCUCCCCGCUGGCCAGGACCAAGCUGGGUGGCGUGUUCCUGCAGUCUCUUCAGCUACAAAAAAGUGUCUCUUGACAGCUGCUGCAACGGCCAUGCGCUAAGCCAAGCAAUGCUGACAGCUGACGUGCCAGUUUAAGAUCUGUCUAAUUUGGGGAGUGGAGAGAUGGCUCAGUGGUUAAGAGUACUGACUAUUCUUCCAGAGGACCCGGGUUCAAUUCCCAGCACCCACAUGGCAACUAACAACUGUCCAUAAUUCCAGUUCUAGGGGGAUCUGGCACCUUCUUCUGGCCUUUAUGGGCACUGAACACACAUGGCACACAGAGAUGGUACAGACAUCCAUGCAACCCACACACCCAUGCACAUGAAAUAAAAAUAUUAAAAAAAAAAAAAAAAAAAAAAAAAAAAAAA